CUCCAGCAGUCAGGUGGUUCAGGUCAGGUGACAGCUGGCCCACCCUCACACUAAAUCAGCCAGCCGCGGGAGCCCGGUACAUUCUGAAGCAGCUUCUGGCGCGAGAUUGCUGCGUCCGGUGAGGUUGGUCCCCUGAGCCUGGGAGGUUGUCAGUUCUGAGAAAUCAGAGACCAUGAUAAGGAAUUGGCUGUUUAUUUUUAUCCUUUUCCCCUUGAAGUUCAUAGAGAAAUGUGAGUCAACUGUCAGUCUCACUGUUCCUCCCACUGUGAAGCUGGAAAAUAGCAGCUCAACCAACGUCAGCAUCACCCUUGGGCAUCCAUUAAAUACAACCUUGGUGAUCACUUUUGAAAUCACAUUUCGUUCAAAAAAUAUUACCAUACUUGAGCUCCCUGAUGAAGUUGUAGUGCCUCCCGGGGGGAAAAAUUCCUCUUUCCAAGUGACUUCUCAAAAUGUUGGACAAGUGACCGUUUAUCUGCAUGGAAAUCAUUCCAACAAGACCGGCCCCCGGAUACAGUUCUUGGUGGUCCGCAGCAACAUCAUUAGCAUCAUAAACCAGGUGAUUGGCUGGAUCUACUUCAUGGCCUGGUCCAUCUCCUUCUAUCCUCAGGUGAUCAAGAACUGGAGACGGAAAAGUGUCAUUGGUCUGAGCUUUGACUUCUUAGCCUUGAACCUGACAGGCUUCGUGGCCUACAGCGUGUUCAACAUUGGCCUCUUAUGGGUGCCCUACAUCCAGGAACAGUUUCUCCUCAAAUACCCCAACGGUGUGAACCCUGUGGAUAGUAAUGACGUCUUCUUCAGCCUGCACGCAGUCGCCCUCACUCUGAUUGUCAUCCUGCAGUGCUGUCUAUAUGAGCAAGGCAGCCAACGUGUGUCAUGGCCAGCCAUUGGCUUCCUGGUGCUCUCAUGGCUCUUUGUCUUGGUCACCUUGAUUGUGGCUGCAGUCGGUGUGACUACAUGGCUGCAGUUCCUCUUCUGCUUCUCCUACAUCAAGCUCGUCGUUACGCUGAUCAAGUAUUUCCCACAGGCCUACAUGAACUUCUACUACAAAAGCACUGAGGGUUGGAGUAUUGGCGGUGUGCUCCUGGACUUCACAGGAGGCAGCUUCAGCCUCCUCCAGAUGUUUCUUCAGUCCUACAAUAAUGACCAGUGGACACUGAUCUUCGGAGACCCAACCAAAUUUGGACUUGGCAUCGUCACCAUCUUCUUUGAUGUUGUCUUCUUCAUCCAGCACUUCUGUUUAUACAGAAAGAAACCAGGGCUUCAGGCAGCACACACAGGUCCAGACAGCCAUCCCAGGCGGAAUUGGGCACCAAGCUUACAGCCAAAGGCCUUGCCCCUAACCACCAGUGUUUCUGGGAGCAGCUCGAAGGGCUAACUUUGCAGCUGGGAGAGCCAAGGGUGCUUUGUUCCACUGCUGUGUUCCCAGGGACCAAGCAGCCAGGUGCUGUGGCCAAUGGACUCAAAGGUGCUGGUGCCAGUGGUGGAGGGGAGAGGACUGUGGAGUUAGGCCUUGGGGUCCUUUCUCUGAUGACCAGAUUUCUGAUACUCAUUCUAAUGUAACUCCACUUCAGUAACUGCAGAACGGGUGGCUCAGGCCAAAGCCUGCUAGAGUAUUUCUGACCCUUGAGGUGCCUGCCAGAUGAAUUCUGAAGUGGACCUGCCCCUGCUGCCCUCUGGAACUUUAUCAUACAAAGUCAGACAUUAUGCCCAACUCCUUUCAGAUUUUUUUGAGGAUGUUUUAAAAUGGCUUACUUUCUUUUGCCCUCUUUCCUACCUCCACUUUCUGAGUUAGAUGAUACCCCAUCUGAGCACCCCCCACUGCUCCUAACCCUGCCCCAUGCACAAAUGGAGCAGGCACUCCACCAACCUGUGCCUUAGAAGCAGUCGACUAAGUAGUAUCUCCCCUUGGAGGGGAGGGGAGACCCCUUUCCCCCACCUUCCCCAGGCAAACUGAGACACUCCCAAUUUUUUUUGGCUGUUGAGACACAGAACUAGAGCCCAUGUCCCAUAAAUAAUGCUUAUAGUCCCAACCCUAACCCAAAACCUCCUUCCUUCCCAUCCCAAGUUGUCCUUUCUAUACCAGGAGGGGAAGGGCCCAGGAUGUGCCUUCAGUUUGUCAAUCUGUUUUUUUCUCUAAAUUGAGGGAUCCUUCUCUUUUUUUCUUUUUGUUUCAUUCUGUUGUACCUGUGUCUUUAAUUAAAACUUGGCUUGUUUCCUCUCUGUACACUCAGAGCAUUUGCUAGAUGGCCUUCAGAACCAAGCCCAUGGGACUUGGGGAGCUGACCUUGCUUACCUAUGUGCAGAAAUGCAUAGGGCUUUGGGGUGCACCAACCAGAGGUGGCUGCAUGCUGACCCCACACUCGAUCAGGGAAGCCCUCUCAGGUGUACAAGAUGCUUGUCCAACCAGAGCCAGGUAGGUUUGUUUCACAGUGCCUUACCUGCCAGUUCCAAGGUUCCAUCAGCAUGUUCAAGUUAUGGGUGUGAGCAGGGGUUGGAAGGUUUGGGGGGCAUGAUACCACUGGAAGCAGGGAUGGCAAAGGUCUUACUUUGCAGACUGUAACAUCUGUAACAACUAAGGUCUUGUUUCCUAGAGUCGAGAUUGCAGCCUAGUUAAACCCAUAGCGCUCACUCUUUAUAUACAUAAAAUGUGUUACUGGGAUGGACACAGAAGUGUAUGUCUGUAAUCUUAGCUACAUAGGAGGUGGAGGUAGGACAAGUUCAAGGCCAGUUUGGACAACAUAGACAACACAAUAAGAGUCUCUGUCUCAAAAAGGGAAAGCUGGGAAUGGGGCUCACUGGUAGAAUGCUUGCCUAGCAUGCAUGCAUGAGGCCCUGGGUUCAGCCUCCAGCACCAGAAGAAAAAGGAAAAAAAGUGCUAUUGGGUGCUAUACUUUAAAAACAGGAGACUUUUAAUUUCUGGGCUUUUUAUUUAGGGGAAGGAGUGCUAUGAAUCAAACCCAUGUUAGACAAGUGCUCUACCACUGAGCCACACCUCCAGCAUUCUGGGCUUUCCGGUACAUUUUCCAGCUUGGCUGUGCUAGGCAAGCCCCCGAAUGGCAUCCCCCAGCUCACCAUCUAGCUAGCUCUCAGCCACUGAGAACAUCUGGGGUUUUCCCCUGGCUGUGGCUAAAGGUGCUUUUCCCAUGAAUCUGAGUGCCAUGAGGCCCAUCUCAAGUGGGAGCUGAAACUAGGCUCCAUGAGAGGCACUUGAGGAUGUCACAGUGACACCCGAGACGACAAACCCCAGACUUAACACCCCAAUUCCAUGAAGGUGCUUCCAGAAACUUCCACAAAUAAGGCCUUGCCAAGCACAGCGAAUUCCCAACUGAGACUUCUUAGGUUCCACCAACCACAUAUUUUCUGGGCAGCUGGGUCUUGGAGAAGUUGGGCUUUGUCUGAGAGAAGCAGGGGAUGUUAAAACUAAAGCACUUGUCUCAAUCCAUCCUCAAAUAUCCCCACCCUGUGCCUCAGCAGAGACCCCUCAUGAAUUCCAGCGUCAUUUAUUGGGCACAAGUGUUGAGCAUGGGGCAGCACCAUACUGCCCCGUUUCCACGGUAACCAACAUAUGGCUUGGUCACAUGCUACAAUUUGCUGCUCCCAGGUGUGAAUUAGUAAGCUAAAUUCAAAAGAAUUGGCUUUUCCAAAUAG